GUGCACUGUUGUAAACAGUGACAUUUGCAGAAAGAAUGUGAUAAGUAAGAGAAAGAAGGUGCACGUACCUUGAGGUAGACUUCAGGAUCAGGAUGGGGUGACCUUGUGAUAUGUACUAAGUAACGGAAGAUGGGAAACCGUCACCACAAAUCCCACAGUGUUUCUACAGCUAUUGUUCUGCCCCACUACACAAAACCAUGGGACCUGGUGUACGCUGGAAGUGUGAGUGAUUGGCACCCAAGCUCAGGAAUUUAUGCUCUGGAUAAGUACUGUUAUCUAUGCAAGGAUACAUCCUGUGACAGGGAAUCGGUAUGCCUGCGUCAGAUGAAAGCUAUCAACAACAGGUCCAAGAGGGUUAUCGAAAUUGAAAGGUAUGCACAUCCCAAAGUGCUGAUCCAUUACAGGAAAUCCAGGUUUCAGGGCCUCUUGGACAAGGGUUACACUCUGAACAAGAUCGUUGCCGCUUAUCACCAUAACAUCGCUCUGCUGGUUCUCUACCAUCUUCAGGACUUCCAUAUCUGUAACUUUGCUUUCCCCCUGGUGAACCUGAGCACAGGUACGAUAAUGGCACACCUGACAGCUCCAAGAAAGAACGUGACAGUUAUCCACUGCCAGAUUAGCCCUGAUGCUCAGUUCACCGCUAUUCUCUUCUACUCCCGUAACGAAGACACCCUACUCUUCUCGUACGACCUCUACCUGUACUGUAAUGAGACAGAGAAGAUCGUGGACUGUAUCACCAUCAAUCAUGAGGUUCAGCCCUACAUCGUGUUUGACCCUCGAUACAAAUGGUCCCGAGUGGCCAUCGCUAACUACGAAUGCAAGGACGUGGGUAUCAAACAUGAGUUGGUCUCGUAUUCAGUCAGAGACCAUGCUGUUGUAGUGAGGAGCAAUAUGUCACUGCCGAUUAUCUUUGGGAGUAGUCACUUUAACAUGCUGUACAGUAAAGAUGGUCAGUUUCUCAUCCUUCAGAAGCUGUCUGACAACAGAUUUGGGGUGGCCAUUUACUCUGACAUCUAUAUCUUUGACUCUGACAGAUUGUUUGUCAUGAAGUACCUGACAUGCAACUUGCCUGCACUGAGCAGCAUCUGUCGGGUGAACUUUGAGCCAGUGUUUUCACGGUGCGGCAGUUACAUGAGACUGGUUGAUCACAAGAGCUGUAAUGGAGAGACAGAACCAACGGUGCAGAUCUACCAGGUGCCACGGCAGCAAUCACUGCAGUACCACUGUCGUGUGGCCAUUGUCCAGACACUCGCACACAUUGAAGAUGUUCGUUGCUUACCACUUCCCAAAACCAUGAAGAACUUUUUGGCCUUUGAACCUUUUGAAGUAUGAAAUUGAUCCUAGAGGACAUAUGCUAUUUGGCUUUUUUAGUGACUAUGAACAGCAGGACCAUGUAUCAUCUUUUGGCAAUAUUGAAGCAAGUUUGAGCAUGAUAAUGCCUAAAGCAUGGAGGCCAUUGAUUUACAGAGUGGGGUGGGUGUUUGGUGGUAAGAGGGGUAGAGGGAAGGAUCCUUGUGAUGUGGGUAUUAUAAAGACGCUUGUCCAUCAGUUCCUUUACCAGGUGUUGGUUCAGUCCCAGCCAUGAAUGAAGAAUCCUGGCCUUCAAUGGGCUGGCGUGGCAGACAUUAGCUUUUGUUGGAUGUUCUAAGUAGCCUUGCAUGAAGUUCAUGUGGAGAUCACAUGCCUUACACCAAUAUGCCAUACACCUUGAUCUCGAUUUGUGCAUAUAUAUGAAGAUCUGUGUUACACACGGGAAAGUUUGUCAGUUACUGUAAAUACCAAGGUUGGUAACGCACCCUGGGAACACAAAGUUCUUCCAUUUGUAAAACUGACCAUCAUCCUAGAAGAAAGCCUCUGCAGGAUAACCUCAAAGGUUAUUGAUUUAAGACAGUGGAAUGUCAAUGUGCAAACUCAAGACAAGGGAAGAGAAAUGAAGGAGACACUGUUUUACACUUUUCUCAAAUUUUAUAAUUAUGUUUGACAUGUUUGUAAAGAUUUAAAUUUCUCAGUGGAUUGUACAUAUAUUGAUAAUUUUUUUUUUAGUUGGAGACCCAUCAUAAUUAGUAUAGAGGAGCACCUGUUCAUUUUAAUUUUCAAGUACAAUGAUUUGAGUGAAAUCUUUGAAUAGAAUUCUUUAUCUCUUAACAGAGCUCAAAUUAGAGAAUAUUGGCUUGCAGAUGUUUUCCAGUCUCAAAGUUUUAGCAGGCACAGCAGUAGAUGACCUGCAAUUUUUAAGCAUGGCCUGCAAAUUUAGUAGUUCAGUUAAAUUUAUCGUUGAGAUCUGUUUUCAACAACUUUAUGAUAUUUGCCUGCCUCAGCGUUUGAUCAUUGAAUUCCAAAAUCCAGUCCAUCCAAAACAAAGUGAACUUUUAAAUUCACUCUAAAGCAGGACAGAAUAGGACCUUUAUUAUCACUUCUGUCACUAUAAAUCCAAUCCCGAGUCGAAAUGUUGUUGCAAUCAACAGAAAUGUUUUCUUCUUGCUCGUCAAAAUAAUUUUUUACAGCCGUGGCAUGUCGACUAACUGCAUGCCAAAAGACAUGGAAAUCAACCUAACAGGACUACGUAGACCAACGUGACACAGUUAGUGAUGGUUUCAUCAGUUAUCAUGGAAUAAAAAUAGAAAGAACAAUUUGCCCAGUCUGUCGAACACGAAAAGUCAACUCCAAAGGUUUUAAUCAAGGUUUGCAGCUAUCGUUUAUCUUGUGUGCAGCUCUGUAGGGGUGUGAUUACAUAUACUAUCACAGCCCUUCUGUAAGCUUACCUGGAACACCUCUGUACUUCUCUUGCUGGCUUUAAUAUACUGCUGGGCACCAAAUAAUUUGUCUGUAUAAUUUGUUUGUCUGUAGUCCGAGUCGUCUCAGCUAUCAAUUCCAGGUACAUGUAGUGGAAUGGUUGUCAUGUUUGAAUGCAUACUCCUCAAACACGGCGAUUGGAGUUACAAUUUAUCCAGUAUCCACUAGUUUCAUGCUUGUGUGUAUUUUUAGUGAUGACACAUGAGAACACCUAACUGGAAUUGAUAGCUGAAACGACUAUGACUACAGACACAAAUUAUUUUAUGCGCAGCAGUAGUAUAUUAAAAUCACCAAGAGAAAUACACAGGUGUUCAAGGUAAGCUUAAACCUGGAAUAAGACAGGGCUGUGAUAGUAUAUAUAAUCACAGCCCUACAGAGCUAUCAUCUGCGCAGCUGUCUCGUUAUCCAUGUUUUCUGACUGUGGCCUUAGAUUCAAUCCAGACUGUGAAGGCAGAAAAGUUAACACUUUACCAGAUUUUCUGCGUGUAACUGGUCAGAAAUGGAUUUUACCUGCUAUGGCAAGUAUUCGGCCUGCUUUUCAUCAUUCUUAGGCCCCUGUUUCAAGCCCUGCUUAAUUUCAAGUAUGUGUGUAUAUAUGCACUGGACCCCCUGGAUGUGUAACUGCACAUUUUAGAUUUUGUUUCUGUAAGGUGAAGAAUCUGAUUGAAUGAUACAGUGUUAUUUAUUUACUUUAUAUAUGUAUUUAUUUCAUGUUUCAGAUUUCGGUUAAUGUAACAGGCAUUUUUGCAUGUUGUUUAAAGUUGCAAAUGUAAACUGAAUGCAUUUUUUUAUACAUGAAUAGGAUCUCCACAGUGUGGUUAAAUUUUGUUCAUACAUGUUUUUUCUGAUACAAGUUAUACACAGAGACUCUGGUAUAACUCUGUUCAUGUAUCUGUAAUAAAACCAGUAAUGUAUCUCAUACAUGGAACUGUAUGCAAAACAUAUUCAGCUUUCCUUGGUGCUUUGUCUUGAUCAUAAUAUAUUGGCAAGACAGAUUUGUGGCUGUGGUAAUAUUUAUAAGCAUUUUAUUUUCAUGUUUUGGGUUUUUUUUUUAAUUUUCUUCAUUGUUAUUAUUGAGAAGGUUAAAUGACUGACAAUAUACAAACAUAAUUUACUCUAGAAUGCUGAAAUGGAACAUUGUGUUUACUUGUUGUUUAGCAUAAAUUGUUAAUUGCUAGUGCUGAAUAUAAAUAUAUGUAUGCAUAUUUAUAGUGUUUUAGCUGGUAUACGGCUUUGAUAUUUUUGGUUGCUGACAGCUACUGUCACAUGUACAGUAAUAAUACUUGUGUUGAAUUUCGUGGUUGUUUGCUGGUAUUUUGAUGGGUUUUUUUUUUCAGAUUUGAGGAACCGAUAUAACUUCAUGUUGUUGGUGAUGCAACACGUGUAUUUUCAAUUUUUUUUGAUCAGUCUAAUGUAAAUUCAGCUACAUUUUGAGUGUUGUUGUUGGACAGUGAUUUGUUGGCAUACUUAUUACUCAUGUACAUAUGCAAGUUGAUUUAAAUGUCCUGAAAUAUGCACUUUGUUCUUUGUUGAUCAUGAUGAUUUGUGAGAAAAACAAAAUUGUUGAUCAUAUGUUGUUGUUGUCUUGAACAAAAUAGAUUUAUUUGACAUUGAUUUUGACAGUUUUUAAUGGAAAAAUUCACUUGAUGUUUGCUCAUUAUGCAGAUUAUUUGUGAGAGAAAAAAUACACUUGUUUGUUGAUCAUGAUGAUAAUUUGUCACAUAAAAUACACAUGUUUGUUGAUCAUCCUUGCUCCUUGAUCAUGUUGAUGAAGUACAUGCACAUUUGUACUGUAUAUAUGUUUAAAUAAUAUUAUUAAUGUUUUCUAGUCACAUAUUUAAUAUAAUUACCAUUACACAGAUAAUGAUUAAGAUGUUUAAUAUUCUCUCAAUAAAUUUGUAAAGAUCCUUUUCAAUAUGCAGAUUACUGUAUGCUCAUUUUGUGAGUAUUUUACAUUAAAAAGUGCCAAUUAUUUCUAAAAUAUCAUUUUAGAGUUGAAUAAAUGCAGUCAGUAAUAAGUUUACUUUUGUGAAACAUGAGUACAUGUUUAUGAUAUGUGCACCAGUGCUCUGGUGAGAUGGGAAUCUUUAACUAAAUGCAGUAAUUUUACAAUUCUUAAAUCUGUUCUCUUUUCCUGGAAUUAAAUCUAGUAAUUUAUUAAACCAUGCUUUAUACUGUUAAUAAAAAAGA